ACAGCAAAGGAGGAGGUAUAUUUUAAGACACUACAUUUUACACACAGUCACACACUAACAACAUGUCUUGCUCUCUGAAGCAAUCCUAUGCAACUGCUACACUUUCUGAUCACUUCCAACAACAAUCCUUGGCUUCCACAUCUCUCUCAUCCAAUCCCUCCAACCUCGCUUUCAAAAACUCCAACAAAACCAAUCUUCUACCACACAAAUCUCUCCGCAUUUCGUCUCCUAAAGGUCUCGGCUACUUUGAUGAACCAAAAGAUUCAAAACCUCGAGUGUCUUUAAUCCAAUGCAAUGCUUAUGAAGCCCAAAGAUCACAGCCCAUACAAAUUAACAUCGAUUUACAGCAACAUGCUCAACAAGAACCUGCUCAGAAGCUCAAGAUUGGCAUCUACUUUGCAACAUGGUGGGCUUUGAAUGUCGUCUUCAAUAUCUACAACAAGAAGGUCCUCAAUGCCUUUCCAUUCCCUUGGCUUACUUCAACUCUGUCUCUGGCAAUGGGGUCUCUGAUCAUGCUGGUUUCAUGGGCUGCAAGGAUUGCUGAAGCGCCUAAGACCGAUUUCGAGUUCUGGAAAACUCUGUUUCCUGUUGCUAUGGCACAUACAAUUGGGCAUGUGGCUGCAACAGUUAGUAUGUCCAAAGUUGCAGUUUCAUUCACUCACAUUAUCAAGAGUGGUGAGCCUGCUUUCAGUGUUUUGGUCUCGAGAUUCCUAAUGGGUGAGGCUUUUCCGAUGCCGGUGUACCUGUCACUCCUGCCUAUCAUCGGAGGUUGUGCACUUACCGCGGUCACCGAGCUCAAUUUCAACAUGACUGGAUUUAUGGGUGCUAUGAUAUCGAACUUGGCGUUUGUUUUUCGGAACAUUUUCUCAAAGAAAGGCAUGAAGGGAAAAUCUGUGGGUGGGAUGAACUACUAUGCUUGCCUUUCUAUGCUCUCUCUUCUCAUUCUCACCCCAUUUGCAAUUGCUGUGGAGGGUCCUCAGAUGUGGGCAAUUGGCUGGCAUAGAGCAGUCAUUAUGAUUGGACCCCAAUUCGUAUGGUGGGUGGUGGCCCAGAGUGUUUUCUAUCACCUCUACAAUCAAGUCUCCUACAUGUCUCUCAAUGAAAUCUCACCCUUAACAUUUAGCAUUGGGAACACCAUGAAGAGGAUUUCUGUCAUAGUCGCCUCCAUCAUCAUCUUCCACACCCCUAUCCGCCCCAUCAAUGCACUUGGAGCUGCCAUUGCAAUUUUCGGAACUUUCCUAUAUUCGCAGGCAAAGCAGUAGAAUGGACGGCUAGAGCAUUAUUACUAUGGGAAUUGAGAAUCAUCAACAAUAUAAUUCUACACUUAAAAGAGGGCUUAGAUGUAUAAUAUAGAUUUCUCUCUAUGCUGUAAUGUAUUGAGCAGUUAGUUAUGUUGCAGAAUUUAAAUUUAUGCCUCUUCAUUUUCCUUGUCAUUGCUUCUCAGUCUGAUUAUUGUAUUUUAUGUCAACUAGGCUUGUAAAAUGAUUCUACUUUAAUGAGAAACAUUCCAUGCUUGUUACUUUCAA